ACAGACAGGGCUUCAAGCCCAGUACCAUGUGGCUUGAGGUAUUUUCAGUUAUCAUAUCCUUCUUGAGGGCCUGAUUUGCCAAGCCUGGUUCCUAGGCGAGCGCUUCGUGCGCCAGACCAUGGGUCUACCUACUCUGUUCAUACCGAUGGCACCACCAGUAUCCAUGAGAGCGACAGACAAGCUAUCUGCCGACGAGGUGAUCCAAUUCAUGGUAGGCACGGAGAUAAAGUAUUUUUGUGUAGAGGGCGACUAUGCGACCUUUAUCUAGACACACUUGAUGCCGCCUCUGACCAGCGUUCACAGGGGUGAGGGAGUGAGAGCUCCUGUCGCGAGGGUGAGACGCAAAGAGACUCAAGCAAACAGAGCUUAUGGCAGAGGGGCUUCCCAGGCGAGAUAGGGGACCGGGUGGCCAGAGUUUCCUACUGCCCUUACCUACUGGCAGUAUACUGGAGAGGCAUAUCAAAUCUCGAUUGAGCCCGCACCAGGUGUGCAUAGAUACAACAUAGCCCAAGACACACCUCCGUUAUGUACCAUAUUUUUAGUUUUCCCAUCUCUUUCUGAUAUUUGUUUGUUCUAGACAUUAAUCAUUCCCAAUGCAUUUAUAGGCACCCCCAGGAUACACCAAGGGUCUGCUUGAGCUACUAGCCUCAUUCGAGGGCAUGAUAUUGAGGAGGGAGGCAGUGCUCGGCUUCCACGGUAUUCAGGUCCCACCCAUACCAAGUGUGCUAACAGGAGCAGCAGUAGGACCAGCAGUGCCUCCUUCGGCAGCAGGGAGGGAGUGUCAGGCUCCAGCACGUAGCCAUGGCCGAGCUAGGGGCACCCGAACUGAGAGUGGCCCUUCAGAGCCUAUUCUGAGUGAUGAUGAUGCUGAGACCAGCAAGACUGAGGAAGCGGCGAGUCAGCAUUCAGAGUCGUCAGAGAGUAGAGAUGAUAACGUUGGCUCAGGUUCUGAGAGUGGGGAUACUGAGGCCGAUAAGGGCUCCGAGGCGAAAAGUUGAGACGACUCUAGUUCAAAUUCUUAUCCAAAUUCAGACAGUGGCGUCGAUGGAGACAAUGCAACAAAGUCUGCUCUGCCGAGGAAGAGGACGAAGAGGACCUCUAGACCCUGAGAUGGAUAGCGCUAAUUUUUGCAUUUUUGCUUAGUUUCUUUUGUUUAUAGUGUUAGCACAUUGAACAGCCUCAGACGAGUUUUAUUUCUUUAAAAAAAAAAACCUGUACUGCACUUUUGUGAAAACUACCAUGAUUAGAAUGAAA